AUGAAUAAUCCCAUAUUUAAUACGGCAAGGAUAUUUUUGCAAAAUAAAUAUCAAUUUGCCACUCCACUUGAAUUAUUCAAACACUUAAUCACUAAUUCCAAUUAUUUUCAAACCUAACGAUUGAAAAAUGACUCUAAUGAUGAACUUUUAUAUAAAUUGAUUUUCAUUGCAGGAUUUCACGAAAGAAGAAAUUGUGGAAAUAUUGUUAAGGAAUUUUCAUAAAAUUGCUUGAUUUAGAUUAGAGAUCGUAUAGAAGAUAUGGCUAUGGAUAUACCUACUUUAAUUUAAGCAUUUUUAGCAAUGAGUAAUGUAUUACUUGAUGAUGAAAAGAUUGUAUCAUCUAUUUUAAAAUAAUUGAAAGACUAAGAAGAUUAAAUCACUCUUAAAUAAUUUCAUUCUAUCUAACAUUGCUUAUACAAAUUGGGAAGACAGAAUAAUUAUUGGUCAUCUAAAGCUUGUGAUGCUAUGACUCAUAAUUUAACUACUAUUGUAAUCUAAGAUUAUGUAUAAUACUUGCAUAUUGCUAGCAAUUUAUAUUAAAUUGGUUUAUUUUAAGAAGAACAUCUCAUUAAACUACUAGAUAUUUUAUAUUACAAACUUGGAAAAUAAUAAAAACAUAUAUACUUGUCUAAAUUUACAUUCUAAUUUGCUUAAAUGAUGUUUAAUCUUUAUCCUGAAAUUAUCAAUUAACCUUUAAAUCAACUCUCCUGUAAUCCUCAUACUCCUUUUUAAAUGUAUUUCUAAUUUCUAAAGAGGGAUUAUUAAGUAUGUAGAUAAAUCCUUCAAAGAAAAAAAAUUGGAGUAUCAAUUGAUUAUUUUGAAAAUGAAAAUUUUCCUUAUCUUUUAAGAUUAAGAGAGGAUUCUAUUAGUCGAACUUAAACUCUUUUAGAAACUGAAAUUAUUUAGAUACUAUAAAAAUUGUAAUUAAAAUUCCUUAAAUUUUAAAAAGUUCUAAUUUAUGAUAUUGAUUUUAAAGUGAUGGACAAUUAUGUAAUUAAUUGUAAUGGGCCACUACAUUUUAUAUCAACUUUGGAUGGAUAAAUUAAAUAAAAAUCAUUUAACACCAUGAUGCAAUAUAGGUAUUGUCAUACAUAAAUAAAGACAUUUGAAAGCACUUGAAACUCAAAAUGUCAUAGAUUUUGAUUUUUUCGAUUGGAAAGAAGAGGAUUCAUUAGAAUACAAAAUAUCAAAAAUAAAGAAACUCUUGAAUUUGAUUUGA